CCUGCCGGAUUCACUCUGUGAUAGAGUCUUGGGGCUGACAUGCCCGCGCCGCGGAAGCAGGUUACACGCGGCAGGACCCCCGUCUGGAAGGCUGUUUCGAAUUCUCUAAAUCUGGCUUCUAUGCCGGUAAGGGACCCGCCAACGUUCAACAUCUAAAGCAGAAAGCUCGUCAGCGCCGGCCCCGCCUCCAAGGCGUUACCGGACGUUUAGGAUCCCGGCGUGCACUGCGCUCUCUCGGGCCGGAAGGCGGAAGUUGUGGUCGGCGUGCUGCUUACAGAAGGUAAAAGAUGGCUAAAAGCUUACGUAGUAAGUGGAAAAGGAAGAUGCGUGCUGAAAAGAGGAAAAAGAACGCUCCAAAAGAGCUCAACAGACUUAAAAGUAUUCUCAAAAUAGGCAGUGAUGUUUUAAUGAAAGAUGUUGAAGAAAUAGCAACUGUGGUGGUACCCAGACAUUGCCAAGGGAAAAUGCAGUGUGAGGUGAAAGAUGAAAAUGAUGACAUGAAAAUGGAGACUGAGAUUAAGAGAAAUAAAAAGACUCUUCUAGACCAGCAUGGACAGUACCCAAUAUGGAUGAACCAGAGGCAAAGAAAAAGACUGAAGGCAAAGCGAGAGAAAGGAAAGGGGAAGAGCAAAGCAAAAGCAGCAAAGGCAGCAAAGGGUUUGGCCUGGUAGACCCUUAAAAACUUGAAAAAUUCCACAUGGGACACAUUUUUGAUUGGAGAAUGUAUACCUUGUUUUUGACUCUCACUAAAUGAAAACUAUUUGUUUUCAUAUUUUAAAUUAAUCUUUUUUUCUUUAAACCCAGAAUAACCCCUCAAGAUUGUUUUGGGAACUCAAAUAAAAUAUUUUCUUUGGUAAAUGAAAACUA